GGUGGACGUGCUCUGGUCAUGAGCAACCCCGGUCUGUGGCUGCGUGAGACCUCAGCCUUGUUGAUUUGCUGCCUCCAUCAGCACUGCCCACCUCGUCCGCAGAGAGCACAAUUCCAGCGUCCCGUUGAAACCCAUGUGGAGUGAUUUUCUGUAGGCAGAGCGAUGUCUUCGAACACCACUGCUACUUCAUCUAUACAGCUCGAGGUCCUCCCAGCAACCUCAACAGCUUCUGCUCCAGCUCAGCCUACUACCCCGCCGUUAUCAACAGGAUCUACAACCAGCCUGACAGCAACACCAACAUUGACAACACUCACCUGGUCGACCGCAAGCACCUCAACUACAUCCAGUCUCCAAAACCUUCAUCCAUUCCGGCUAGCGCAAUUCAUUCGCUAUGGACAAGUACGAAGGACUUUUGGAUGCUCUGCCGCGAAGCGCGCGUAUGCGUGCACGCGUCCUGCGGUUCUACAUCGAUUCUGACAUGUAGGUUUAGGAGGCCAUAGUGGACACAGAACUUGUCGAAAGUUGAGAGACUGCGAUC